AUGGCUGCUCAGCCUACGCAAACACAUCAAGAUGCGGUGGCGGCAGAGGCAUUCACCGAGCAGCAUGAUCCAUACUGGCACACAAGCCAUCCGCCAUCAACGCCAGAGCUGCCAUCCUAUCCUUUGCAUUCGGAGCUGACUUCGACAUCCCAUCUCGACUCCCAGUCAGCCAUGGAGACCACCACACCGCGCGCAAGCAUCGAGACAGCCUCGGAUCGGACCUCCAAGAACAAGCUCACCGCGCGCGUCCACUUCUUCCUCGUCUUCUCCGCGCUCUGCGUAUCCUCCUUCCUCUCGGCGCUCGACCUCACUACCGUAUCCACAGCACUCCCCACCAUUGUCGCAGACCUCCAGAACGAUGCCAUCCGCUUCUCCAAACACAGGCCCAACACUCCUUCGCCCCUGCCCAAACCAGGUGCAGGCGGCACCUACAUCUGGAUCGGUGCAGCCUACACAAUCGCAGGAAUGGCCAUCCUCCCUUGGACAGGCGGUCUCUGCGAGAUUUGGGGCCGCAAAGCCAUCCUCCUCACCUCGCUCUUCUUCUUCCUCUUUGGCUCCGUCAUCUGUGGCGCAAGCCACUCCCUCGAAAUGAUGAUCAUCGGCCGUGUCCUCCAGGGCGUCGGCGACGGCGGCAUCAUCUCGCUGUCAGAAAUCGUCGUCGCCGAUCUCGUCAGCCUCAACCAACGAGGCACCUACGAAGGCAUCCUCGGUGUCGUCUGGGCCGGCGCAAGUGCCAUCGGUCCUCCCAUCGGCGGCAUCUUUUCGCGCAAAAACAGGUGGCGCUGGCUCUUCUACCUCAACAUCCCCAUCACCGUGCUCGCCAUCAUCAUGAUCAGCUGCUUCAUGAACAUGAAGACUCCCAAAGCAGACGUACGCUCCAAGGUGAAGAGCAUGGACUGGACCGGCAACGCGCUCCUCAUCCUCGCCACCGUCGGCUUGGGCUUGGCGCUCACCUGGGGCGGCGCAAGGUACAAGUGGAUCUCGCCCGCCGUGCUCAUCCCGCUCGUCAUUUCGGUCCUGCUCUUUGGCGCCUUCUUCUACCUGGAACUCUUUAAGCUCAAAAACGCCACGGUGCCACGCGAGCUGCUCAACAACCGCACCGCCAUCGGUGCGCACCUCACCAGCUUCAUGCACGGCGUCGUCACCAUGGGCAUCAUCUACAUCAUCCCCACCUACUUCCAGGCGGUCAAGCUCACAUCCACCAUCAUGAGCGGAUGGAUGGUGCUGCCCUUUUCGUGCACCGUCGCGUUUGUCGCUAUCGGCUUUGCCAUCAGCAUCGAGAUGAUGCAACGCUAUGUGCCGCAGAACCAUCUGGGCUGGUUCUUCACCGUGCUGGGUGUGCCGCUCUUACUGCUGCUCGACCUGGAUUCCAAGGCGGCGACGUGGGUGUCGGUGCAGGUGCCCAUCGCGAUCGGAUGCGGGAUCCUGUUUGUCGCUCCGCAGUUUCCCGUGCUGGCAUCCGUGGCGGUCGAGAUGGCGAGCAAGGCGCUUGCCCUGCAGCUCUUCUUUGCCUCGUUUGGUCAGACGCUGGGCAUCAUGUUGGCGGAGGCCGUGUUUCAGAGUUCGGUGCACAAGUCGAUCAAAUCUCCGAUCAUCCAGACGCUGGCGGCCAACGGAUCGUUGCCGUUCAACAUCGAAGACAUCUCGUCGCCCUACUCGAUGCACUUUUCGGCGCUGCGCCAUCUGUCGCCCGAGGCGUCGCACGCGGUGCGCAGCGUGUACAACUCUGCGCUGCACGACGUGUGGAUUCUGUUGAUCCCGUUCGCCGCCAUUGGAUGGGCGCUGUGCUUCCUGAUCAAGGAGCUCGAAAUGCACGACGAGGUCGACGAGAGGUUCGCCGCCGAUGUGCGCGACGAGGACGAUGAUCCCGAGAAGAAUGCGCUUCGUACGCCCAAGGUCGAGUCGCACGAGAUGAAGCAAAAGCACCAACCCACGCAUUCGAUAGAGACGCAGUAG